AAAGGCAUAUACCAGUACACCACCGUAUUGAUCGGCGGAUUCUGCAGCUGGGCAGGUCCACCAACGUAAAAGCAGGGGCCACUGGUUUAUUACGAGCACGCUAACAACAGGCAAGGCUGGUGGCAUCAAGUCGCCAUUGUUUCGCAGUGAAGCCAUGACUCCUUCUUGAAGGCUCAACGAACUAUCUAGAAAAGGUGUAAUGCCACUCCGGCUCAAGAUGAAAGGUAUGACCUGUCGGGACUCAAGAACCGCCACUCACAGGCCACUUCGAAAUGGUUGUGAUGACGUCUGGUCAUGGAACCGAAGAGACAAGUCCCACGAGGUCAGAUUGUAUGGUUUUCGGAUGAGAACAGCACAGUUUCAUCCUAACUGGAGUAAUGGAACAGCAGGAGUCCGAGGGACGAGGAUACUCAACCGUGGCAGAUAUUAUUGGGAAGUGAAGGUAUCGGAGAGAAUCUUUGGCACAAGCAUGAUGUUUGGCAUCGCCACCAAGAAGGCACGUCUACAUGUUGAAGCCUUUGUGAACAUGCUUGGCGAAGAUGAUCAAGGAUGGGGUCUGUCACAUAAAGGUUUACUAUGGCAUAACGGAGAAUGGAGAAAAUUUACAAAACCUUUCCGUGAAAACGAAGCCACAACGGUUGGCCUUCUCUUCGAUGGCCACCAAGGAACAUUGACUUACUUCAAAGAUGGUAUAUGUCUUGGAAUAGGCUUCUCAGGCUUAAAUCUAGUCGAAGAUGAUCUAUAUCCGGUGGUCUGCUCUACAGCAGCUAAAACUGAAAUGACAUUGUCACACAUGCGACGAGACUUUUAUAAUUUACAAGAUCGAUGUCGAGCAGUAAUACUUAGCAUUAUGAAGACAAAUAACGAUAUAAGGGACCUUAAUUUACCAACUAGAAUAAAAAGUUAUAUUCAGGAAGCCAUGGAGUCUCAGGAAACUGGGAAAAUACGCCGAACAGACGGUCAUUCUUCUCCUUACUUCAAAGCUUUACCGUGCAACAUGUUUCCUUUACCAGGUGUUAAAAACCCUUGUUUGUAUGUAUGAGAAUUAAAUCAAUAACUUAGGGUUUUUUUUUAUUUAUUUAUAUCAAUACUUGUUUUACCAUAACCUAGAAAUACAAGCUCUAGUAUCUUAUUUAAUUUUCUUAUAUAUAACAAACUUUUUGUUUUAUAGAUGUACAAAACCUCUAUGCUAAAUGAAGCAAGUAAACAUUCCUUUAUCUUUCUACAGAUCCACUAAUGAUUACAAUUCACAUUAAUAUUUUAGCCGAGAUAUGGUGCCAUAUAAGUACUUUCUUGAUCUAGGAUUGUGUGUUGUUUAAGAUGUGUGUGAGUGUGAUUUUGUAUACAUUAAUUAGGGCUAGCUUGAUCAACCUAGAGGGUUAAAUCAUCAGUUUUAACCCUUUAGUCUCCUUCGCCAAGAUUCAUCGUGAGAAAGGCUGAUCUAAGAUUAUAACGCCGUGCUUUAUCACUUUCUAAUAACAUUUUUCUUUAAGGUUAGAUGGAAAUAUUAACGUUAUCGUGAUUGUUUUUGCACCUCUGUGUUUCUAAAUUAAGGACACUGACAUCAGUGACUAUAUACGUCAGCUUUCACAAAAUGAUCUCGUUAUGUACAUAAAUAUUUAUGUAAUGUAUAUAUACAUAUAUGUAUUUUCAUUUCUUAGCUAGACCAGUUGUUUUUAUGACCCCCAGUAGUUCAGAGGCAAGCCUAACGGCUUAUAACUCUAAAAACCGGGUUUCGAUAUUGUGGUUGAUAAAACAGAUAGCCCAAUUUAGUAACUUCGCGCUUAACUACAAACAAAACAAACAAAUUGUAUUGUAAUUUCAUUUUUUUUUAAUCUGCUUGGCUUGAAAAACAUUUAAAACUAUUUGAAGUACAAUACCGCUGUUGUGUCUUCGAGGAGCGCGAGUAGUGUUGAUUCGUAGUUUACUCUUAAUAAGUACAAAAUAUACGAGCUAAUGUGGAUUAGUGAAUCGUAAAACAUUUUUCAUUUUACAGUUAGUGUCUGUCUGUGAAGAACAACUAUUUCGAGUAGAAAGGGUAAAAACAUAUGUUAAAAAAUUCUUGAAAUGUAUACAAUAUAAUUAUAAAUCGUGAACAAGGGUAUUAAUUAAUCCAGUGUGUUACCAAAAGGCAUACUUCAGCCUUCAGAUACAAAAGUCUCACUUGACAUGUUGCCCUCUUACGGACAUUUUGCUCACUUACUGGUGACGACUUUAGGAAGAAACAAGAUAUUCAAUAAUAAUACAAAAUAUUGAUAACUUUAUUAGGAAUCGCCUGCCUUUUUUUUAUUUACUCGACAAAGUAUAAAAUUAUUUUGAACUGAAUUAUGAUUUCAAAUAUGUUUCGAGUUUUAAAAAAUUCGAUCUUAGCUUUUCGCGAAAACAGCAACAAAACGUAAGAUAAGGGUAAUAUUUUCAGGUUAUUGUUGUAACCCUUUUCAAUUUGAGUUUCUACAGGGUCAGAUCUUUGAUGCGUAACUUGGAAUUCCGCUUUCUUAUCAAAUGUACAUGAAAUUCUUUGUCACCAAAUACAAACAAGUAGAUAUACAUUGAAUAGAAUAUAGAACGUGUCCUUCAACAGCAUUAUUUUGUAAUCUAACAAACGAGGCUCAUGGAGUCUGAUGAAAGAGUAAUACUUUUAUUAGAGUAAAUGGAAUUUAUAAGAGUUGUUUAUGAAAAUGAAAAUUUAAAUUGUCAUUUUUAAGCAGCAAACAUUAGAUAUAAAACAUAGCAUACGCUUUUCACAUGUUGGGGCAUUUAUAAAAUAAAAAUCUAGAAAAUGAAGACGAAUGUACUUAACUGUCAUGAGUGAAAAUUGUUUGAACUAUGCACUUAAAAGAAUAAGCACUGUUUUGUAUUUCACUCAGUAGUUUGGAGCGUGUUUAUACAUGUGUUUACGAGUGUAUUUAUAAUAUAUAUUUAUUUGACAUGCACUGUGACAAGCGCAGGGAUGGGUGGCAAUCUAGUCAAUAAACCCUCAGAUUUUCAACCUCGAGUCAAGGUUCUGUAAAUUGAGGCAUUUAGAAUGUAAACUAUUACGCCAUCUGUAUGUUUGUAUAAGUGUUGUACGUUUUGUAGCUUUUUCAACAACUUAUUGUUAUUUCAUAUGUACAUUAAAGGGUUUCGGCACUGAAUAGCCUGUUUUUAAACAGUUGGAAAAGCAUUUUUGAGAAUCUGUGUUCUGGGAAGUCCGUAUGUGUAGAGUUAACAGUUAUGUAUGUAAAUUGUAUGAUGGUAAUGAUAAUAAUAUGUAUGUAUUGAGAAUAAGAAAUAUUAAAUUUAGGGCUGUAAUUGUUUGAUUAAAAAGUCUUAUUACCUAUAGUAACUCCCAUCAACCGGCAGCAGACGAUUUAAAUUGUUUUUACUUAAAAAAAUAGUUGUUUCUUGUAUCUAUUCAAAGUGUUACUAUUUCAUGUUUUCAAAAAUAUUUCGUAGGUUGAUUUGGUAUCCAGUAUGUGAAAUAUUCAUAAAUCGGUGUUUUAAUUCAAUAUUUUAAUCUAGUAUUUUUCUUUUUAUCCAGUCUUAAUUGCAAAACAGGGUUGCUAAUGUUACUUAUUUGAUACCGUGUUGUGAAAUAUUGUAUACUUGUUUACUGUGUGUAUGGUAUGUCCGUUUAUAAAUAAAGCAUUGACUUGA